CACGACACGACAACGAUGGGAGCAGGUGAGUGGCACAGCCGAAGGCCCCGACGAUAUAGAGCGACCGUUACGUCCAAAAGCACAUUCAAAAAGAAGAUGAACAUGCUGCUGCAGAUGCGACGCUCGGCCAAAGCUCGCAAGUCGUCAUCAUCGUCGCUGCUGCCUCGUGGCCAAACCAAAGCGCUGACGUGGCAUGUGUUGGCCAUUCGACCCAGUCGCUUCGACUUUGCCUUGGACGGUGCAUGGCGUGUGGAGGUUGUGCAUGGGAACACGGCAUCGUACAGUAUCACAUUGGCAGACAUCCGAUCCUCCAAGGACGCGCAGGCCUUCGGCUACGAGACAUUGCGUUUUCGUCGCUUCGCGCGCCGCCUAUCUUAAGUAAGUCAACGCUGAAGUCCAUGGUGCAAUAUGGCGCGGACAAGUACACGACGCCGUUGCCUCGGCAUGCAGUGUUGUCCCAUCAAGCGUUCGUCGUGUUUGAAAUGGAAGACGCCGAAACGGGACACUGGUAACCUCUGGGCCACGAGCAUGGCAUCACUUGCAUUUUUUCCUCGGAUAUAUGGGUACAAUAGUAGCCCAAAUUGUCUGGUGCGACUGGCGUUUUCGGCUAAGCAAGUUGGUCUCGGGUGUUGGGAAGCCAAGGGCUACCACGACGUGGUCGAGUCCGACGAGCGUUCUUGUUCUGAUGGCGCCCCAGUCAAAGCCAUCCUGAAUCCACUCAACGGAUGGUUUGCGUGGUAUUCGGUUCACUUUCCAGCAAACUCGUUUGCGGCCCAGCAGUGCCUGAACUGGGAUGUGCGUCGAAUUGUGUUCAACUGGCGAGACUAUUGGAUGGUCCUGACGUUUUGGACUUGUUUCCCGCUUUAUGGACUCUAUCACAGCGCUAAGCUCGUGCUGCUCUUGCGCAGAAUGAAGCUCAUUCAAACCACUCGAGUAGUUGAGGCGAUGGACUCGGCCGUGCAGGCUGCCCGCGAGUCCACGAAGCCCUCCAAGAUCAAGACGGCGACGGUCGUCAAAUGUAGAUGCAAGUCACGCCGAUGUUCUGACUGUCAGCAGUGUGUCAAGUGCCAAUGCUAUUGCAAUGGCCCGCCACAACGCCCGCUGCGUCCACUCGAUGGAGCGAAGAAGUCGCCAGUGCCUCAGUCUCCCAUGUCCUCGGAAGGCAACUUCACGUCCAACACGGUUGCCAGUAGACGUCGUGCGACCCGCAACAUCGAGCCAGAACUACCGAAACAACCUGCGAAGAAUUCGCCGGACGAUGAUGCCACCACUCCGCUGUCUCGCACCCCAUCGCCCCAACGUCCGGAUAACCACCCAUCCGUAUCCGAACCAGAAACCAUGUCGACGACCAACGGACCAGCAAAGGUGUGGGCGAAGCUUACAUGUAGAUGCAAAGCGCGGCGGUGCGCAGAGUGCACGGCGUGUUCAAAGUGUUCGUGUACGUGCGGCGGCAACACCGGGUCCCCCACGUCUGCUGCCAAGCGUAAAGUUGUCGAGUCCCCCGCGAAGCUGCCGCCGCCGUCCAAGAAGUCCAAGGUCGCCAAAUCGACCACACCACGACGACCUUCACGACACGGCAAACCGGUCGAGAUAGACACACACGAAUCGACCAACGAGACACAGGCGGGUGCCGUGCGUCGUCGACGGUCACCACGAGGUGUCAGCGUCCCCAAGAGUAAGGAGGACGCCGACCACGACCCACCCGCCGCCACUGACUCGAUACCACAUGCACACGACGACGAGAUUACUAGUACUACCGCAGCGGCGGCGUUAAAGAUGGACGAGGAGACCCGCAAGAUGGACGAAGAACUCAAAGCGUGGAUGGGCAAACGCUCCGACGAACAAGAAGAAUUGACCCAACUGGAGCGGCAAAUCUACGAGUUGGAAGGCGCGUACCUCCGACGCAGCCAACAUGCAGGCAACAUCGUCAAGGGGUAUGCCGACGCGAAUGUGUUUGUGGCCGAGAUGGCCAAGGACGAACUGCAGGACCCCCCGCCGAAUGAAGUCGUGGACGCGCAGCGGGUGUUUUCACUUUCAUCCACGACAUCCCCCGCGGAGCCGCCGCUCCAUGUGGCCACCGCCGCCGCCACUGAAACAGCGGCAGUAGCAGCACCCCCAGUGGACGUCCCCAACCACAGCGUGGUCGACCGAGCCCGCACGCUGUCGCAGGAACUGGCCGAAGCGGACGAGGUGUAACGUUGUCACACAUUUUCACUAGUAGUAAUAUUCACGACCGCCGGUGUCUGUAUAUAGUUAACAUGUAAAAUGCAUGAAUGUUUCCAA